GAAAUUUGAUUUAUUUGACAGUAUUGAUUAAUUAUAGCUAAAUGAAUAUGAAUAAGAGUAUCUAAAGCAAAAGCAACCCACGAACUCCAAUAAAUUAAAGGAAAUAUAGCUAACAUUUCUAUUUUUAAAAUCCUGCUAGCUAGCAGAAAAAUUGCGUGAGCGGCAACAAUGAUUAAAAGACUAAGGGUUUUAAUAGCAACGAGGGACAGCAUCUAGUUUGCGAAUAAUAAGAAAAGAUGCAUUAAAUAUAAUUUAGUUCAAAUAGCAGUAGCAAUGACAUCUUUUUUUCUUCAAAGAACAAUAAUCAAUUAAAUUUAGAUUUGAUGAAUCAUGAAUUUGUUGAUGAGGAAAAUAAAAUUAAAUAGUCUUUUGUUUAAAAUGCUGCAUGUCUUCCUUAAAAUUAUUAUGAAAUAGCUUCAUCGAAGUCAUCUAUGGUUUGUUUAACUACUCCUUAGAAUCCUCAAAAGAGGCUUUAAAAGAAUCCGUCAGCUAUUUCUAUUUAUAAUGACGCGGCGAACAAAAGCAACAAUCCAACUGCUUAAAAGAACACUCAAGAGAAUAUCUUCAAUCCGAAGAAACUCUAGAACAAUAUUUCAGCUAAAAAUAGCAGUAAUAUUAGUGCUCUAUCUUCUAUAAAUAUAUCAAAUUACACUUCUGAAUAAAUACAAAAGAACAAUAAUAUUAGUGUUGCUUAAUUUUAAUUGCAACCAAGUUAGGACUAAAACAUACUUUUUAAAGAAUUGAUAGGCUUUUAACAAUAAAAAUCGAAUGAGAUAGAUACAAAAUUAAAUGGGAACUAUCCUCAUUUUCAGUAGAAUUUAAUUCAAGCUAGUUCUAUAGAAGCUGAUGCGUUCUUGAAAAGACAUUCCCCUAUUCAAUAGGAAUUACCAAAUAAAGGCUUAAUGAAUAAUGGAGUAUAAAUGAACAGUGGAGGCUUAGACGGAUAAGAUUACUCUCAAUUUUUAAAAGAAAACAAAAAUAGCAGUAAAAAUAUGCUUAAUAUUUAGAAGAAUUAUUAACACAACGCUUCAAAGACGCCAUAAAGAAAAAUAAGCAACACUUCUAAGGUAUCUCUGAAUGCAACACCUUCCAAUCAAAGCACAAUAUCAUAUGACAAUCAAAAGAAAAAAAGUAGUUAAAAGAGCACUUUAAAGCUUAUUCAAGACUCUAGCAGCUACAAUAGUUAUGUUCAGCAACAGAAGCAAUAAAAUUAAUGUUUUUAAAUAGAAAAUCCUAAUAAUAAAUUUUAAUAUAUCAGCAAUUAAGACUUUAAGCAAUAAUAAUAAAUAAAUUAGCAGCAGAAUCCACUUUAAAUUCAAUAAAAAUACAACAAUUUGUGUAUUGCAAAUUAAAAAAACAAUAGCUCUUCUUAGCAUAUUAAUCCAAUGUCUUCAAUAUCGAUUCAAUCUUAGAAUUCUCUAAGCUAAAACCAACUUAUUUUUUAAAAUUAGUUUGAACAUUUCUAAAUUGAUCAAGGAAAUAACAACAGUCAGCAGUUCGAUAAGUAAUUUUACUCAAUAAACUAAAGAUACUACGGUUUAAAUAACGAAUAAUUGGACAAAGAAAACGUCAUCCAUUAACAUGACAAUGAAAUAAAACAUUCUUAAGAUAUUAAUUAAGAAAAAGAAAAUAAAUUUUCAAGAUUAAAUUCAUCUAAAUCUACUAAUUUACUUAAUUAUAAAAAUAGCAAUAAUCAAGAAAAUCCUUCUAAUUUGUUUGAUAAAAAUAAAUCAAAUCACUUAAAUCACCAAAUUAAAUUGUAAAAUUAAAAUGAAAAUUAGCUUAUUUAAUAGCAAAAACCACCUGCAACUCAAGAAGAAGACUACUCAGUUCCUCAAGAAUUGCAAAACUCCUUUUAAAUGAAUAAAAAUAUGAGCAAAUUGAAUGUGCUAACAACAAUCAGAGCAUCUGAAAUAGACUUACUGAAAGGAAACGAAAAAACUAAUCAAUCUUAACUUAAUACAACUAACGCAAAUAGAUAUUCCAUUUAAAACACAAGUCCAAGAGCAGACCAAGAGAAAUCAGCUUCUUUUAGUCUAAUGCAAAACAAUAUAAAAUCCACAUAAAAUUUAUUAAGAACGCAAUCCAACUAGCUUAGUUUUUAAAAUCAUUCAAAAAUGUAGCUCUACAAAGGAAAAGAAAACAGACGAGAGGGUUUGCUAAGCGCUUAUCCUAGCAAAUAAUAAUAAUAAUAAUUUAAUGGAUAACAAUAGACAUAAAUAUAUACUGGAAAUGAGACUCAAAGACAAUUUAAUAACAGAUAAAGCAUAGAUUCCUUCUUAGAUGUUACGACUAAAAACAUCCCUCAGACUUUCAUCAGUUAAGAAAAAUAAACAAAGCUCUCGAUUUAACACAAAAAUAAAAGUCACAGAAGAAAUUGCAAUUGCGAUAAUGACGAAAAUAUGAUGGAAUCUUGCUCUAAAGUCUAUAGUUGGUUAGGAAUAAACAAAGAAUUAUCUCAAGUCAACUCUACAAUCUUCCUCUCAUCAAUGCCCUUGGACUUCGAUCCUAAAAUACAACUACAAAUUUAAAAAGAUGUGUUGAGAACUUAUCAAAACUACGAAUUCUUUUGGAAUCCAUAAAUUCAGUAAUCGAUUUAAAAUAUUUUGUACAAAUACAUCAAUCAAUAUCCCGAAGUUGGCUAUGUUUAAGGAAUGAAUUUAAUAGUAGGAUAUCUUAUUUGGCAUGCAGAUGAAACCUAUGCUUUUGAACUCCUUUCUAAAAUAUGCAGCAUUCUCAAUCUUAAUGACUUACUCAAGCCAGGUUUCCCAGAUUUGCAAAAGCACUUAAAAACAAUUGAAGUUAUUAUGAUUAUAAACUGUCCCCAAAUAUAUUAAAUACUCAAUAAAUAUGACUUGCACCCAUCAAUGUUUAUCUCUGAGUGGAUACUGGUCCUCCUCACAGAUAUUAUUCCUCUCGAAUACUCAGUAAAUAUGUUAAAUUAAAUAAUUAAUAUUCGCUAAAUCAUUAUAUUUAAUAAAAGCACCUAGUUUUGCAGGGAGUGUUUAAAGAUGGCUGGAUAUUUUUUUACAGGACUAUAAUUAACUUAAUAAAAAUACUGCUUAGAAAAUUAGAAAAUUUAGAGGACUAAAGCGAAAUACUUUACGUUCUCAAAUCAGUUAGAUCUAGAUAAAAAGAAUAUCAAAUUGACUGGAAUAAGAUACUUGUAGCAUAAGAACCACAUAUAACUAACUAAUUUAUUGAAAAUAUACAAACCCAUAUAAAAUCCAACGAUAUUAAAUGAAUAUCAAUAUCCAAGCAAGCAAGCAAUCAACUAACUAACAUUCUAAUAAAUAAUUAAAACUUAAAAUUUUCUUUACAAUUAAUAAAAUUAAUAAUCAUCAUCAUCAUCAUAAUAAUAAUAAUUAUAAUAAUAUAUCCUUAAAAAAAUUUUAAUCCGCUAAUUCUAAUUAUUAAAUUUAUUCUAUAGAGUUAAAAAGUAAUUAUUGUUUAUAUCUUAAUAUAUCUCCUUAUAAUUUAUUUUUCACUUUGCUCAACUCCAAAUCAUAAUUAAAAAAACUCUUUGUGAAUUUGAUCUAUAAAUUAAUUUAAUUAAGAUUAAACGAAUUAAAAAAUUUGCUAUUAUAUUCUAUUUACAAAUAUUAAUAAAUUUUAUUUUUUUUUAUUUUCUUUAAAACUUUCUUAAUUAUUAAUAAAGAUUAUAAUGA